GUUACCCUCGCUGCCUGGUUUCAAGCUCGAGAUGCUGGUGGAAAGAAGGAAGACGUAAAUGAAGUGAGGAUUCCUGAGUUUUUGCAAUGGUCAGACUAUCCAUUUAUUGCCACAAAUUCCACAACCCGGAGUUGCUAUGAAGGCGGGGGCCUCAUCCAUGUGGGCUUCAUGCUGUGGUCUGCUGAAUGAAGUCAUGGGCACAGGGGCAGUGAGAGGCCAGCAGCCCGGGUUCGGAGCCGGUGCCGGACCCUUCCGGUUCGCCCCCAGCACAGGAUACUCCACAUACCCGCCCACAACCUCAGGGAGCCCCAGCCUCAUAUGUAAGGCCUGUGGCCAGGCAUUCUCUGUCUUCAGGAGGAAGCCUGUGAAGGUUCUAUUGAAGAUUAAGCAUCAGUGUUGCUUUGUUAAGAACAAACGACCGUUCAAGCAUAUCUGCUGCGACUGUAAGAAAAGCUUCUGCACGCUGUGCUCCAUGCUUCAGGAGAACCUGCGUAUAUGUGCCACAUGUCACCUGCUGAAGGGGACAGCCUUCCAGAGACCACAGCUGAUGCGGCUGAGGGUCAAAGACCUGCGGCAGUACCUGCUGCUACGCAACGUCCCCACAGACACAUGCAGGGAGAAGGAGGACCUGGUGGACCUGGUGCUGUGUCACCAGGGGACCGAAGGGGAGGAGGACCCCGACAUGGCUAGCUUCAACUCCCGCUCCCUCUACACCCCGCCCCCCUCCGCCGCACGCUCCGCCUCCGAGCUGUCUGUGCUCUCCGCCUCUCACGGGGAAGCACUCAGCAGAAGUGACAGCUCAGGGACUACCAACCAGGAUAUAGGAGACGCCACGUCUCUCUCCAUCCUGAACCUGGAACCCAUUGAACACACACCAGAGGUGAGCCCUCUGACGCGGCAGCGAGCACGGGCCUCUCUCUCAGACGUCUCUGGCCUGAGGGACAUCGAAGGCCUGUCCGUCAGACAGCUGAAGGAGAUCCUGGCCAGGAACUUUGUCAACUAUUCAGGCUGCUGUGAGAAGUGGGAGCUGGUAGAUCGCGUCAGCCACUUGUACAGAGAGACAGAAGAGAACAGGAAGUCAUUGGAAAACGUGAACACAGCUAUAACUUCAGUGAUGGUCUUGCCCCUUCCUCCCAUCUGCAUUGGAGGGAUUGGAGAUGGGGGGAAGGCCCAGCUGACCAACCUGGAUGACAGUCUGUGCAGGAUCUGCAUGGACGCUGCGAUCGACUGCGUCCUCCUGGAGUGUGGUCACAUGGUCACCUGCACCAAGUGUGGUAAGCGGAUGAGCGAGUGUCCCAUCUGCAGGCAGUACGUUGUGAGAGCCGUGCACGUCUUCAAGUCCUAAUGACUCAACCCACAACCGCCACCACAGUCUCACAACCUCAACAAAACAUUCACCUCCAGAGAAACGGAGAUCUGUUGUUCUGUCACAGUCCAUACUGGGAGACUGCCUCCAUGCUCACCACCAGCCAACCGAAGUAGCUCAGAAAAAUUCCAAAAUACUUUGUUGUGGGUGUUCUCUGUUAUCAUCCCCUGAAACGCUUACAUUAUUUGCACACUUAAACAUGAAUAUUGGAAAUGCAGUGUUCUAUAUCUUUUUCACUUUUAUUAUUUAGUUUGACUAAUCAGUGUUUGAAGGAAAAGGGCAGCAGUCUACCGUCGUAUUAAUCCAUUCCAUUCCUAAACACAUCCUUGACUUGUUACUAUCUACCUUAUCUUCUCUACCUAUCAAGAAUGUGAGCUAUUCAAUCAUGUGCAUUGUUGUCUAACAUGAUGUAUCACUUUCGAAUCUGCCUACUAUGAACUGUAGCAUUUGCUGCAAAUGACUGCAUAGCUUAGUAAUUCUGAAGAAAAUACUGUACUGUGCAACAGAGGAGGAUGGGGGGUGAGCGAAUUAGGUGCCAAAUGAGAAUGUUUCCCCUCCCCCCAGUGUGAAUGUUAAUUAUUAGUACUGUAUGUCAUGAUGUCAUGAUGUAACCAAUCAGGUGGCACUUUGAUUUCACGUACACCAUUGUUCCCAGUUAUCUACAGAGUGAACCUUUAACUGUGACUGGUAACUCACUGUUCCUCCUGUCCAAAUGACCAAGCCCAUCAUGGAAUAUCUGUCCAUAUAGAGGUCUGUUUUGAUUCGACAGAGGAAGUCUGUCACAUUUGUAUUUUAAUUCAUAACAGCAAUAUCCAAUGUCAUUAUUUGCUCUUUUGUCAUGUCUUAGCACUGAAUGUUAAGAUGAAAAAGAAAAACAGGUGCUAAAUACAUUCAAAUGUUUUUCCUGUUUCAGCUAGUAUACCAACUUAAAUUGUGGAUAUGCUUUUAUUAACGGAAUAUUAUUGAUACAUUAUUGUAGUUUUAGCACAGAACUAAUCAAAGAUAGAGCUGCAACUUAACUGAAACUGGAAUAUAAAGUGUAUAUAUAAAGGAAAAGUGACUUGCUGUGCAUUUGCAUAUCACUGAGUUGUACAUACCUAUAUUUUUUCCAUUUAAUUUGAACGUGUAAUAUUGAAUUAUUGAAGAUGUCCCUCAGAUUUGGCUAGUUUAUUAUUAAAGAGUUAUGUUUCACUGUCA